AUGCCAGACUGGUCUCUUCUCCCUGAAGAUCUACUUCACAUCAUCUCGACGCAUCUAGAGAACUGUUUCGAUGUUGUUCAUGCUCGCUCUGUUUGCAGCUCGUGGCGAUCCGCAUUGCCCUUACCUUGUAUCCUAUCACGCCUUAGUUACUCUCUUCCCUCGUACGCCGAGUUUCCUUACGAAAGCGAAGACUUGUUCACCCUCAAGAAGGUCCCGUGGUUCCUCUUUAGAGUCCGUACUCCUUCUGCUUUUGCUACUAAGUAUUUCUUGGGAGGGAUAGGCCGUAGAGAUGAGUCAGAGGAUCAUACAGAGCUUCCAUCUCCUCUUCAGUGUUCAGUGAAGAUCCCAAGAUCAUCUGAUUCUGAGCCAACCUUGAUGAACAUGCUCGACUUCCAGAUUCUCUCUCUGGGCUAUGAGUACAGAAUGUUCGGUUGGAGACCUAGAUACUACAGAGGUGUGGCUUUCCUUCCACUAAACAAGGAAGGUGGAGGAGAAGACUUCGUUGUGCUUAUCAGCUGCAGUAAUGGUUUGUUGGUGUUAACAAGUGCCGAAAUGAAGUGGAAGCAGCUUGAGAACGUCCCAAAGAAAACAGGCAGGGGUGUAGUCACUUUUGGAGGCAAAUUUUAUGCAUCGUUCUAUGACGAAAUUGUUGUUAUUGAUCCUUAUUCCCUGGACGUGACUCUCCUGAUGCCCUCACUGCAGCCUCUCGGGGAAUUACACUAUCUGGUUCCAUAUGGCAAUGAUGAACUUUUCCUUGUUGACAAAUGUCAGAGACCGUUCGGAUUAAGAGUGAGUAGGCUAGAUGAGGUGGCUGGUAAAUGGGUCGAGGUCACCGAUUUAGGAAACCGCGUGAUGUUUAUGAGAGACUUGGAAAAUUUCUGCUGCUCGGCUAAAGAACUUGGUGUGAGCGGCAACUUGAUUUUGUUCACCAAUCUGAUAAGCGAUUUAACAUUCUUCUACAAGUAUGAAGUAAGAGAGGAGGACGGCCUCAUGUGUUGGAGUGUGACAUUCCCCGGCAGAUAUCCGGUUGUGGCAUUCCGUGUUGAGCAAGCUUCACCAUAA